AUGUCGGACUCGUCCGCAGACGUUCCGCAGUACCCUCCGGGGUAUAUGGAAGCCAACCGAGGCAAUGAGGUGAUUGCAGCCACCAGCUUCAUUCUGGUGCUAAGCACUAUUCUUUUAGCUAUGCGACUGUACGCACGCAGCCUCACUAAAGCCUCUAGAGGCUGGGACGAGUUCUUGUUGGUACCUUCGUAUAUGUGUGUGGUGGGGUUGUCCAUCUGUCUAUACCUGGACGUGAUACACGCCGGCCUUGGUCGACACGCCGCCUCCGUCGUGGCCGAGGAUCCCAACAAGAUGGUCAUCUUCUUAAAACUCCUCUACACCCUUUAUUGGUUCUACGUGCCCUCCAACGCCAUGUCCCGGAUUUCCGUCGUGGCCCUAUAUCUGCGCAUCUUUACCGGCAGGCUCUACCGCGCCAUCUGCUGGAUCGUCAUUGUUCUUCUGCUUGGUUGCAUGGUCGCCACCAUAAUCGCUGCGCAGCUCGAAUGUUUCCCGCUCGCGUAUACCUGGGACAAGUCAAUUCCGGGCGGGAGAUGCUUCAACCAGAUGCUAUGGUACGAGUUGACAAACAUAUCCAACGUAGUCGGCGACCUGAUAAUACUCGUACUGCCCAUUCCGACGGUUUGGAACCUGAAGGCCUCCACGGGGAAGAAGGCUGGUAUUGCGGUGGUGUUCUUGACGGGGAGCAUUGGUCUCUUCGCCUCCGGCAUGCGAACUGGCAUCUUCUUCCGUGACUCCCACAUUAUCGAAACAGAUCCCCCCUGGGCCACGGAACCCUUCUCCUGGACCGCCGUCGAAUGCGGCAUGUACUUCUGUGCCGCCUGUCUGAUCGGUCUGCGCCCGCUUUUCGCAAGACUGCCGCGUUGGCUCCGGGACCGUAUCGUGCACUCCUCAGACCGCGGAACCACGCGUCAGGACACGCGCUUCGUGACGGGCCUCAGUUUCAAGAAAGGCCACAGCAACCGCCCGUACUCGACUCUCUCCGGCGGUCAAAACAACCCCCCGGGCCAGGCGAUACAAUUAAAGUCGAUGAACGCGAUGACGAGCACGGUCGUGUCGCCGCGCGGGAGCGGGUUCGAUGACGACUCUGUGCGCAAUCUAGUAGUGGAUGAUGGAGACAUUAGGAUUCAGACGCGGAUCGAGGUGAAGAGUGAUCGCGGCGGCUGUUAA